UGAAUGUAAUCACGAUCCUCAAGAAUAAGUAACGAAUAUAAAUAAAAUUGGUACCGUCUUCUUAAAAAAAUAAAAGACUCCCCAAGAAAAUUAGCAGGCAGAUAUUGCAGCCUGCAGGGGCCGAUUAGCGCGGGCGGGAAAACCAUUCUACGCUUUCUGCCAAUCUGGUGGCAGUUUGCCGCGCUUGUUUUCUGUUCUUUUUUCGCGCAUAAAGUGCCCAUCUUUACUCUUUUCUUUCUUCCUCAACCACAGCUCGUUCUGAGCUCUGAUACCAGCAAAAUGCACAGUUGUAGCAAUACCAAUCUUCUGAACAAUACCUCGGCAGCACCUGAGACGAUCGCAAUCAACGAUCCUCAUCCGUGUCCCUGUAAAGCCUCUUCUCCGCUUCAAAUGCGUCUCCAAGCGUUGGCUCUCCCUCAUCUCCGACCCUCGCUUGCCGCCGCAGCCACCACCACCACUGCCUUCACCGCACUUCUCUCUCCGGCAUCUUUCUCAGUAGAAGAACCCCAUCGCAUUUCUAGUUCGUCCCCCUUGGUGAGACCCGCACCAGGCCUCCCUUCACAUCUCUCGAUUUCAUCACUGCCAGCGACCCCACUACUUAUUCGGGUAUCAAGAUUUCGCAUUCUCGCAAUGGAUUGCUCUUGUGCCGUAGCGUCAACAAGACACUGGCAGACCAAUGCCAUUGUUACUAAGUGUGUAAUCCUGUCACCAGGCAAUUCUCAAUGCUUCCUCGUCUGAGUUCCGAGGGACCCAUCACGAUAUUUGGUCUUUCCUUGGCUUUUGAGCCAACCGAAUCGCCUUAUUACCAUGUGGUCUGUGUUCGGAGCAGUGACGUCUCAGAUUAUUUUUACCAACUUGAGGUCUAUUCAUCCGAGACCCGUGCUUGGAGGCCUCGCAUCUCGCCGUUCGUCGCGCAGUCCGACAUGGUGUUCGACAACGGUGUGUUCUGGAACGGGGGGAUUCAUUGGCUUAGUCCCUCGGGAGCUGGAUUGUGUUUUGAUAUUGAAGAGGAGAUCCUCGGAGUAAUGCCGAGUGCUCCGGUUUCGGAAGGGUGCGCCGAUAGGAGGCCUGGAUAUUUUGGAACGUCCGGCGGCCAUUUGCACCUGGUUGAGGCCUAUGGUUCUUGGACGACCCGAUUCAAAAUCUUUGAGAUGGAGAGAGACUACACUAGGUGGUUGGUCAAGUACGAGGUUGAUCUUGGUCAACUCGUUGUUGAUUUUCCUGAGACAGUAUUAAUUCGGGACUUCAUCAUCAAAAGUGAGUACACUAACUACGCUUAUAUGGUCUCAACUGCAUAUAAUGGGUAACUUAUGGUAUGAAGCUUGCUAUAUGAAUGUAAAGGGGGUGUUGAAUGUGUACUGAUAUGUACUUGGGAAAUCAAAGUUUCCCGAGGAGUUCAUUAGAUUGUGCACUGUGAACUGGGAAUUUCUCUUGAAGUGUAUUGAUUCUGAAUCUGAAUUCAUCAAUGUGGAUUAGCUAUUGCUAUCAUAGUGGAUUAGCGAUUGUUAGAAAUUAUCUUGCCUGCUUUUUAACAUUGUCAUUAAAGAGAUUACACUAGCACAAUUACCGAUUUGACCACAUUCGGCACUGUCAAAACCAUUUUUUUCUUCUUGAGAUAUUCAGAUUGAUACCUAUGACUUCAAAGUUGAACCUCUCUCAUUACUCCACUUAGUGAUUGUGGUAGAGAUGUAGCUAUCAGUCUCAUAUUAGGCAUUAAAGUGGCGAGGAUGAUGACAUUUUUGCCUUUGGAUUAUU